UCGAAAAAGGAACACAAAUGGAGGGAGAUGCCAACGUUCUCAGAAAUCCCGAAUCCCAAAUCGCAAAUUUGUAAUUGCCCCUCUUCCCGCCGCCCUACAACACUCCGGCCUCCCGCGCCACCGCGAUUUCGCCCCCUGCCACACGACAGCGGCUGCGGGCCUACUCCUCCCGGUUCCGUCAUUGUAAUCGUGUAGAAAUUCAGCCAUUAGAGGUAUUUAUUGCUGCAACCGGAAAUUGAGAAUUAUUGCCAUUCUGCUACACUGGUCCAAUAAAUAGUCGAAUUAAGAGUUCCGAAGCCGCUCUCUAGAGUCAUGUUGAGAUUAAAAACAAGUUUAUGUGAUUUUCAGAAGCUUCACAUAUUCCCCAAAGUUUAUAUAGCUUCGUGUUAUCCGAGUGGUGUUUAUGGAAGUAUUCACAAUAAUGCUAUUGAUCCUCCUGAGAUGGAAUCUGAGAAUGAAUGGGAGAGAUUGCUUAAACCUUUUGACCUGGAGGAGCUCCGGAAGUCGUUCACAAGCAUUACUCCAUUUCAGCUGAAUAAAUUGCUGCAGCUCCCGUUGGAUGUGCCCACGUCAAUGGAGUUGUUUCAGUGGGCUGGUAGCCAGAAGGGCUAUCGUCAUACCUUUGACGUAUUGUUAUUGCAGAUGAAGAAAGAAGAGGUGUCAUUUCAAGAGUCCAUUUUCAUUAUGAUCAUGAGACAUUAUGGAAGAGCUGGUCUGCCCGGUCAAUCGACCAGGUUGCUCUUUGAUAUGAGGAAUUUGUUCUGUUAUGAACCUACAUUCAAAUCUUAUAACGUCGUCUUGGAUGUUCUGUUGGCAGGUAAUUGUCCCAAAAUUGCCCCCAACGUCAUUUAUGAUAUGCUGAGCAGGGGUAUCUCUCCUACUGUGUUUACGUUUGGCAGAGUGAUGCAAGCGCUUUGUAUGGUGAAUGAAGUUGACUCUGCAUGCUCCCUUCUCAGGGACAUGACAAAGCAUGGGUGUGUACCAAACUCAGUAGUGUAUCAGACAUUGAUACAUGCGUCGUCUGUUAAUAAUAGAAUUGAUGAUGCUUUGAAGUUGUUGGAAGAGAUGUUUCUUAUGGGCUGUACACCUGAUGUAAAUACAUUUAAUGAUGUCAUAAUUGCCCUUUGCCGUGCUCUCCGUGUUCACGAGGCUGCUAAACUAGUUGAUCGGAUGCUUAUCCGGGGGUUUUCCCCUGAUAAAAUAACAUGUGGUGUUUUAUUGCAAGGGUUGUGCAAAACAGGUCGAGUGGAUGAAGCCAGGGCGCUGUUGAAGAAAGUGCCAAAUCCUAAUGUUAUCCUAUACAAUACGUUGAUUAAUGGGUAUGUCAUGAAUGAUCGUUUUGAAGAAGCAAAAGCUUUAUUGGACGAGAAUAUGGUUGCCGCUGGUUUACAUCCAGAUAUCUAUACUUACAAUAUUCUUAUUCAAGGGCUUUCCAAGAAGGGUUUAUUAUUCUCCGCUCAUCAAUUAGUCGAAGAGAUGUCGCUCAAGGGUUUUGAGCCAAAUUUGAUAACUUAUACCACUCUAAUUGAUGGUUUCUGCAAGAAAGGUCUCUUGAGGGAAGCUGAAGAUAUUAUGGACGAGAUGUCACGUAAGGGUCUUUCCCUAAACACAGUUGGAUAUAAUUGUCUAAUCUCUGCGUUAUGUAGGGACGGACGAGUAGAAGAGGCGUUUGAGCUGUACCAUGGCAUGCUGAGCAGAGGAUGUAAAGCUGAUAUUUUUACAUUCAAUUCUUUAAUAAACGGGCUAACUAAGAUUAACAAGAUGGAAGAGGCUCUAUGUGUGUAUAGGGAUAUGUUCCUAGAUGGCGUCAUAGCUAAUACCGUAACCUACAAUAUACUGAUUCAUGCUUUCUUGAGGAAGAGGGCUCUGCAAGAAGCGUUUAAGCUUGUAAAUGAUAUGUUGUUCCGAGGAUGUGCUCUAGAUGAGUUCACGUAUUCUAGCCUCAUUAAAGCACUUUGUGAAGAUGGGGCUGUUGAUAAAGCUAUGGGCCUCUUUGAAGAAAUGUUGAGAAAGGGAGUCGCUGCAAGUAGCUUAUCUUGCAAUAUUCUGAUAAGUAGUUUAUGCAGAGCUGGUAAGAUACAGAAUGCAUUCGACGUCCUUAGAGAGAUGGUUUACAGUGGACUGAAACCAGACAUAGUCACCUAUAACACUCUGAUAAGUGGUUUGUGCAAGAUGCGUCGGAUUAAAGAAGCUUAUAAGUUGUUUGAAAAUUUGGAAAGUAAGGGUGUCUGCCCGGAUGCCGUCACUUAUAAUAUCUUGAUAGGUUCUUACUGUAAAGAAGGCUUGUUUUGGGACGCCUGUGCUCUCUUAGAUCUAGGAGUUGCCCGUGGGUUGACACCAGAGAUUGUCACAUGGCGAAUUCUAGUUUCUAAUUUGUUCAGAAGAGUACUCAGAAGAAAUGACCAUUCAUCUCAAUUCAGUUGAGCGUGAGUAUUAGAUUUGGAAAUGCCAUGCAGGUUAUGUGAGACGGGUCUUUAUCUCAGAUAAUUUCGAUAACUUCUGCCUAAGCAUCUGAACUGCUGGUAACUUUGUCUCCUUAAAUUCUGUUCUAAUAAGUUGCAAUCGCGCAGUGGGACCUGUCCUGACCAGUAGUUGUGCAUGUGACCAGGAUCUUGUUGAUUCUGAUUUCUGACACCUUGCCGCUUAAUGUAUUAAGAGAAACGUUACAACACCACAACAUCUUGAAAAUGAUUAAGAUAAAACACAUCCGCAAGGUCCUUGAUAUGAUCUGCAAACUUGCUUAAGAGGAACUUGAUAAAUCUAGCGACACAGACGAGAAAGGUACAGUAAACAGAAAUAGAUUUUAUUGUUGACUGAUGUUGGGAGAACCUGUGCAUAUAGGUUGCUAGUUUCCUUUCCUAUUUAAUUGAUGAAUUGGGUUCAGGUUUUGUCAAAGAAUACAAUCUGCUGCGGUUGUUGUCUUGUUGAAGAAGUAGAUCAUAUCUAUAGAAUGGAGGUGAUGAGAGGUAUAUACAAUGCUGCAUUAGUUUGUGUUUGUGUUUGUAUGUAUCGCAUUGUAUGUAGAGAGAGUAUAAGCUUUUGUAUCUCUUUGAGUUUAAUAGCUAAUGGAAGAGAAUAUCAGCGACAGUGAGCUAUGGAAGUGGUGAAAUCUUCCUUU